CGAACACUGUUAGUGCUUGAUGAUGUUUUGAAAUGAUAAAAUCGUGUAAACCACAGUGUGAUAUUAGUCAUAGUUUUGUCAAUUUAUUACAAUUAAUUAUUACAAAGAUUUGAUAUACAUAUCUCAACAUAUAGAGUAUCUGAGGCAACAAUUAACAUGACAAUAUUUCUAAAGCUAUUGUUAUUUAGCUAUUGUUUAACGUUUAUCAGUGCAAAGACCCUUUUAACUGAUACACAAAUUGAACUAUAUGAAUAUCAUUUACAUGACUUUCAUAAAAUAAUAUCAGUACAUUAUAAUGUCCAACUUGAGCCCGAUAUCGAAAUAAAUACUUUCUUCGGCGAAUGUAAUAUUAACAUUACGAUUCUUGUACCAAAGCAAUACCUAACACUGUAUUCAAAAGUUAAAUGUAUAAAUAAUAUAAUUAUGACUGAUAAUCCGCCAAGAUUUUACAAAGGGGACAAUACAGAAAUUAUUGUUUAUCCGAUAAAUUAUUUAUAUAAGAAUACGAAUAAAAGUGUUCAGAUUUUUACAUAAAUUUUGCAUCACCAGAACAUUACAUUUUGUUUAUAAAAUAUCAUGAUAUUAUAAAUCAUGAUACAAAGUUGACAACUUUUUCCAAACAAAAAUAUAAAUGGUGGGUAAUGCCAACGCAUUUUGAUAUACUUGGGGCCCGACAAGUGUUUUCUCGCUUGAGCGAAUUUUUGCAAGCCACCUUUAACAUUAUUAUAAAGCAUGAUCGUGAAUACGUAGCUUUAUCAAUUAUGGAGGUACAAAAAGUGGAAGAAGAUGAUGAAGGCACGAUGCUCACGCACAUCCAAACUACAUCUUUACUGCCUACUUAUCUCAUAGUAGGAAUAGUGACUAAUUUUUGUAACAAGUCUAUUAAUAAUAUUGUAAAUGUGUGGUAUAGAAAUUCUUCCGCUUUGGGCAUAGCAUUUGCUGAAGAAGUUAUUCAUCAUGCUGCAUUGCACUUAGAAAAAAAUGGAAACGUAUAGAUCUAAUUUCGAAAGUGAAUCAUUUUGCGAUUCCAAAUUUUCCGGAUAAAGAUAUGGAUAAUUUAUUGGGAUUAGUUUUUUAUAGAGAGGAAGACAUUAUUUAUGAUACAAAGUUAAAACCUGCUGCUUAUAAAAUCGAGAUAUCUCAUCUAAUAGCAUAUAAAAUGUCACAGGAAUGGUUUUAUAAAGUUUAUAAUUUGAAUUCGGCGUCGACAUUAUUUUGGUUUAACGAUUGUCUUAUUAGAUUUUUAGGAAUCGAUGCCGUCGAUAAGGCACUCCCACAUAUCCAGUUAAUGAAUCUGUUUAUGGUACAAUCUUUUCACGAAGUUCUUGGUUUCGACACUUCUUAUACAUCUUCGUUCAACAGUUCUUAUGAAUUUCCCCGUUGCAUUAAAGUAUCUAUUAUGUUGCGGAUGUUACAAAACGCACUUUCUGAAAAUAUAUUUUGGAAGUUUAUAAGCACAUAUAUAAUAAACAACGAUCUAGAUUACAAAAAUUUGGCAAGAUCUUUGAAUGAAAGUAUAGUUGACACACAUCUUAGUACACUUAAAGUACAAUACAAAUCAGAAAUAUUAGACAUGAUUCCUAUAAUGGAUCCAUGGACAAAGCAAAAGCAUUAUCCUACUAUAAGUAUCAAGCGAAAUUAUGAUGAUCAUUAUGACAAGAUUGAAGUAUUAAUAGUAAAUUAUAAUUCAUCAUAUCAUUAUUGCGUACCUCUGACAUAUACUACACAAAGCGAUAUUAAUUUUAACGAUACUUUACCUUCUUAUUGGUUAAACACAUCGUCCUCUUAUUUAUUUAAUUUGAAAUUAAAGACAACUGAUUGGUUGAUAUUCAACAUACAACAAGUUGGACAUUAUCGAGUCAAUUACGAUAGAGAUAAUUGGAAAAGAAUUGCAUUUUAUCUUACCACUGAGAAUUACAUGAAAAUGCACGUUCUCAAUAGUGCUCAAAUUAGGUCUGGACGUAACAUUAUCAAUGACGCUUUUCACUUUAUGAUAACGAAACAACUCGAGUCUUUUAUAUUCUGGAAGAUUACAAAAUAUUUAGGACAAGAAACAGAUUUUGUAGUAUGGUAUCCUAUGUUUAAAGCUUUGGAAUACAUGUCGAGUGUCUUUCCACUUUCAAGAGAAGAAAGUUAUGGAAUCAAGUUAAGAAUGCGGUCUAUUUUUCGUAAGGUGCUUGAAAGACUUGAAUACGAAGAAAUUUCUAAUGAAAACGAUUUUAGAAAACGUUUAAGACAAGAGGCUGCAAAAUGGGCGUGUUUUUUUGAUGACUACAAGUGCCAUGAAAUGGCCAAUCGUGUUUUAAAACGACAUCUGGAACAUCCUGCAAAAUACAAACUGUUGCCAUGGUGGAAAAAGUGGACAUAUUAUAAUGGUUUAAAAUUAAUGUCACAUUCUCCUAUUUUUAAUUAUGAAAACACUACUUGGUCGAUAGCACAUUAUCUAGGAAGCGAAAACUUUAAAACUAAAAUGUCAGAAUUUUUCGCUUGCUUUGAGCAUCCAGAUAUUAUAACAAACUAUCUAAAUCUCAAAGGAACUAAUAAUGAAACAUCGCUUAUAUUGCCAAAAGAUUUUAGCACUCAAGAUUAUAUUAAGUGUUUCCUUUUUACUAUUGCGAAGUACGCGAGGGAAGAUGAAGGAUUAAAUUUUAUAUUACAUACACUUAUAGACAUAAAACCAAAGCAAAUCAAAAUAGCUGUAGUAUAUACAGUUUUAAUUAAUCAUUUAUAUUUUAAGGAACGAAUCGAAAAGGUAAAAAAGUUUCUGACGAGACAAUUGAAGGAAUCAGAAAAUUAUAUAUUAAAUGUCAUAAAAGAAAGCUUUGAAGAGCCUUUAGAUAAAGUUCUCAAGGUUACUGCGGAAAUGAUAUACGUAUGGAAAAAUAAGACACAAUUACAUGAACAAUUUCUAACUAAGCUAGACAUACGCUCUCAUCAAAUCGAAUCUCAGAUGAAGAAUCUUAACAAUUUAGUUAUUUAUUAAAAACUAAUGGUAACAUACUAUCUCAGUAUAAAUAUAUCUGUUUAAUAAAUAUUUUUUGCACGCCAUAUAUUUAAUAUGUUAAUUAUGUCUACUUAGGUGCGUUAAUGAUUACUCGAUUUCAUUAACAACAAAGAUAUUUCAUGCGUUUUUCUUAUUGUUGUACAAAUCAGAGAUAUUUAAUAUUUAAAUUAUAUUAAAUUUUAUUAUAUAAAUGACACAUUUUGAUUUUUUAAUAUAUACAUUAAUAUAUUUUGUAAAUAUUAUAAAAACAAAUUUGUCUGCUGAAUAUAAACGUGUUGUAUCAUUAAUAU